UAACCAAGCAUCUACCAUUUCUUUUCCGGCGACGGUACCUCUUUGCUUCGGCAACGUGGAUUGCGGUGUAUUCAGCAUUACUAGUUGAAAUUUAUUUCGUCUUUUAUUGCAUAAAGUGUGAUAUUUUAGUAAAAUGACGGAAACUCUGCAGAUGAAAGGUGCUCUUCGGGGCCAUAGUGAUUGGGUUACACAAAUUGCAACCAAUCCUAAGUAUCCUGAUAUGAUAGUUUCUUCUUCCAGAGACAAAUCUAUAAUUGUUUGGAAAUUGACUCGUGACGAAGCCAACUAUGGAAUUCCCCAAAAACGACUUCAUGGCCAUUCCCACUUCGUGAGUGAUGUUGUGUUGUCAUCAGAUGGCAACUACGCACUUUCUGGAUCUUGGGACAAGACUCUGAGACUGUGGGAUUUAGCUGUGGGAAAAACCACUAGGAGGUUUGAAGACCACACAAAGGAUGUGCUGAGUGUGGCGUUCUCAGUGGAUAAACCGUCAGAUUGUCUCCGGCAGUCGAGACAAGACCAUCAAACUUUGGAACACCCUUGCUGAAUGCAAAUAUACCAUUCAGGAUGAUGGCCACAGCGAUUGGGUAUCUUGUGUACGCUUCUCGCCCAACCAUGCCAACCCCAUCAUUGUUUCCGCUGGCUGGGACAAAAGUUGUCAAGG